AUGGGUCGACGUAAGACAAAGCUAGCUUUGGAGCUGAUUCAGGACGACAAAGCUCGCAAGAUUACUUUUCGAAAGAGAAAGAAUGGAUUGUUUAAGAAGGCUUUUGAGUUAACGACCCUUUGUGAUGUGAAGGUGUGUACAAUCGUUUAUGAGAAGAAAUCCGAGGGCAAACUGGCCCCUCCUCAAACCUUCCCUGCGAAAUUUGAAGAGGUGAAGGAAAUCAUUGACAAGUACAAGUCCAAUUCAUCAAAGAUCAAGAAAGUUCAGAACUUGGCUGACUUUUAUGCCACCCAAACAAUGCAAGUUAAGAAAGAGAUUGUGAAACUACGCACCAAAAGUUACGAAGAGAAGUAUCCUACAUGGGACAAUCGUCUUAAUGAGUAUUCACUGGAACAAAUGCAUGAGCUUUUAAACAAUUUAGAGGCCAAAAUUCAAGCUGCCCACAAGAUACACAACAUGAUGAUGAUCGAUUCAAAGAAACCUGCAAUACAAGAUUAUAUACCCCCAAUGGACAUGGUUCAAAGCAACCUAGACCCUCCAUUUCUUUCAAUGGUUGAUGAUCAGAACCCUAGUAAUUAUGGUUCAAUGGGGAUGAGCGAAAAUGGCUGGGAUCAAUCUGCAAGUGCAAGCACUUCAUGGGCCAAUAACAACAUUCAGUAUGCUCCAUCAAAUGUUUCGGAUUAUAAGGGCACGACAUCUAUCUGGGAUUAUGACCUGUUUGGAAUUGAUGCAGUUCCUCUGCAAUAUGGAAAUAUGGAGGAGAAGCCGACAUUCUAUAAUAAUAAUCCCAUGCAACCACCAUAUACGUACGACCCGAUAUUGUCCAGUGCUGCUACUACAUCUCAAGUUGAACAACAACUAAGCGUUGAACAUCCUCUGGACGUGCCUCCGAUAAAUGUUGCAUAUGAUGAACCGCUUUCUCUAUCCUUGCAACCAAGUUAUACCGAUUGUCCAGUCUCGGCAGCUUCUUUUUCAUUUGAAUAUCAACAGUUUGCUACUUCAUCUCAAACUGAAUCUGAAUCUCAAACUUAUGUAGAUGAUCAAGUGCGCAUGUUGUACGACAGCAUGUUCCAAUUCAAACAGAACAACGUAUCCACGUAUAAAUAG